GAAUAGCUACAUCCACCUCCGCCAUUCAACACCAAAUUCUGCUCUAAAAACCCCAACUUCCCAAAACGGCAAGCCUCCGUACCACCUUCAUCGCCAUGGCGGGUUCCGGCGGCAGGAGCAGGGACCUCCCCACGUCGCGCGCGGAUGCCGCGGGGGGCAAGCGGAGGAGCCAGAGGUGGGAGGUGGAGUUCGCGCGCUACUUCGCGACGCCGCGGCGCAGCCCCUCGACGGCGCCGCCCCCCGGCCUCCGUUUUGUGUCCCGCGGCAGGAACCGCCUCCACGGGACCUGGCUCCCGGCUGCCUCUACCGCCGCGCUCUGCAUCUCCCGCCCCAGCCACUCCUUCGCUGCCCACGUCCUCACCGUCUCCAUCGGCGACGUCGUCUACGAGGAGCACUGUGUCUCCAUCCUCAACUUCUCAUGGCCACAAGUUGCAUGCGUGACAGAGUGCCCAGUUAGAGGGAGCAGGGUUGUGUUCGUGAGCUUUUGUGAUAGGUCCAAGCAGAUCCAGAAGUUUGCUGUACGUUUCCCACAUCUAGGUGAUGCAGAAUCAUUCUUGAAUAGUGUGAAGGAGCUCUCAAGCAACACCAUGGAUGUCAUACCAUCUGGAAGCGACUGCGUGUAUGAAGAUUCAUCAUCAUCUGAACAUAUUGCUUCUGAUGGACCUCAAUACAGGCCUGAUCAGGUGGCAAGCUUUGAGGAGCCAACUUCUGAUCACAGGACAGAUGCAUCUUCAUUAGGCUACCCUGAGGAUCUAGGCCAGUCUGUUCUUCCAUCUCCCCUGGCUACAAAUAUCGAUAGCAGCUACUCCAGUUACCUUCAUAGCUACUCUGAAAUGCCGACAGGUUAUUCCAUAAAAAAUGAGAAAGAUAUAAAUGUACCCUGUCCAGCGACUGCAACUGGUCAUGCUCCUGAAAAGUUUUUGCAGGCGUGCACACUGGAUACUUGUCAUGAUGCUGCAGCUGCAGUUGCUGAUACAGAAUUGAUUGCUGAUAAAGGAAAGGUUGCUGCUAAAGAGAUUGAUGAUAUUCUGGCAGGGAUAAAGACAUAUGGAGGCGGCGACUCUUUCAAUGGCAUGAACUGUUAUGCGGUCUGCGGAAAUUCUUGCUGCUGUGCUGCUAGAGGAAGAUGGAGUGUUGGUCGUCAACCUGGCGAUCAUCAGGCUCAAGCGUCCAACUACCAGCACUGCCAUGGAAGGAAGUGCUUGCUCCUGGGAUGCCCGAACUGUAUGCAUGUCGUCUUUCCCGUUGGCACCUUCAAGCGUGGCGAGGCGCCUGGGUGUACCGGCGAUUUCCUUGGUUCCCUGAGCAGCGAGGCUGAGUGCAGCUGUGUGCGCCUCUGCAAACGUGUCAGUGUCAUCCACCCAUGCGGCGCAGCCCCUGCUGGACUUCCGUCAGAGAUCGUGAGUGCUUGUCGCAUUUCACCUCCGGCAAGCCGCACAAGACGGGUUCUUGCUUCUCCCAUCCGUCCGUGCUUUCUUCUCCGUGCAGGGGAACUGUCGGAUGACAGCCAGAGCCCAGUGAAACGGCGUGCAUUCGAUCAUAGUGAGUAUUAAUCCCACUAUACGCCAUGCUCGUUCUGCCGCUACUACUCCAGUUAGUAGACUGCUGAUGCACCGGCAACAAAACAGCACCUUAUAUAUGAUCAUCUAUU